GCAGUAAAACAUAAUUACUGAAAGAGAUAGAGAAUGAGAGCAAAAGCUUCUUCUGAGAGAGAGAACACCAAAACCCUCCAUUUCUGGGUAUUCAUUUCUCGUCAUCUUUUUGCUUCUGAGUCACUUCUUCUGGUUCUUCAACUCUGCUACUCUCCAGAUCUUGUCUUGUAUGCAUAAGAGGCUGUGGGAGUUGGAAUUUACUACACCUUCUGGGUUUAGGGUUUUGGGUUGUUGUUUAUAAUGGCGACCUACGUUUCUCCCUGUUUUACUCCUUCGGAUUCUCGGGUGCUCACUCUUCUAAAGAAGAAUGUACUGCCGGAGAAUCAUUUGGGCAGGACUAGCUGCCUUAGAAUGUUCGAGAGCAAGAAGACUCGUGUUAGUGCAGCCCAUAAAUCUGAUUCUUCACCUAUGAGAAGCAAUUCAAACUCUCAUAGUCCAAGCCAUUUACAAAGCCAAGAUCCUUUCUUGAACCUUCACCCAGAAAUAUCGAUGCUUAAAGGAGGCGAAGGGAACAAUAUGGUGACCGAUCCAAGAAAGGAGACUUAUGGUGGACCCAUUACUGAGGACUUCAGAGAAUCGUCUACUCCAAGCAGUUUCAAUGAGGCAAGGAUAAAGGUCAUUGGGGUUGGAGGUGGUGGGUCAAAUGCCGUGAAUCGUAUGAUAGAGAGCGAAAUGAAAGGUGUUGAAUUCUGGAUUGUGAAUACAGAUAUUCAGGCAAUGAGAAUGUCGCCUGUUUUCCCGGAGAACAGGUUACAGAUCGGUAAGGAGUUGACUAGAGGUUUAGGUGCUGGUGGAAAUCCAGAGAUUGGAAUGAAUGCUGCCAAAGAAAGCAAAGAAUCCAUCGAAGAGGCGCUUUAUGGCUCAGAUAUGGUUUUUGUCACAGCUGGAAUGGGCGGUGGAACUGGCACUGGUGGGGCUCCUAUAAUUGCAGGGGUGGCCAAGGCGAUGGGUAUAUUGACGGUUGGUAUUGUCACAACACCUUUCUCUUUUGAGGGACGGAGAAGAGCAUUGCAGGCUCAGGAAGGAAUCGCAUCUCUCAGAGAUAACGUUGAUACCCUCAUCGUCAUUCCAAAUGACAAAUUACUUACAGCAGUCUCUCAGUCUACUCCUGUAACCGAAGCAUUUAACUUAGCUGAUGAUAUUCUCCGUCAGGGUGUUCGUGGAAUUUCUGAUAUCAUUACGAUUCCUGGACUGGUCAAUGUGGAUUUCGCCGAUGUGAGGGCUAUCAUGGCAAAUGCUGGCUCUUCAUUGAUGGGAAUAGGAACUGCGACUGGAAAGACCCGAGCAAGAGAUGCUGCGCUGAAUGCAAUCCAGUCACCGUUAUUGGAUAUUGGCAUCGAGAGAGCUACUGGAAUUGUCUGGAACAUUACCGGUGGAAGUGAUUUGACACUGUUUGAGGUAAAUGCUGCUGCGGAAGUUAUAUACGAUCUUGUUGAUCCUACCGCUAAUCUCAUAUUCGGUGCUGUCAUAGAUCCAUCCCUCAGCGGUCAAGUAAGUAUAACCCUCAUAGCCACGGGUUUCAAACGCCAGGAAGAGACAGAAGGGCGGACGGUCCAGGGGAAUCAGCCAGCACAAGGGGAGAUUACAAGGCGACCCUCAUCCUCCUUCAGGGAAGGCAGCGCGGUGGAAAUCCCCGAGUUUCUGAAGAAGAAAGGCCGCUCUCGUUACCCUCUCCUCUAAACUGCCAACGCCGGUUCACGUUUUCUUCUGCUUCUACACAACGGAAACCUUAGCAGUUCUUAAGGUAAGAGACAUAUGAUGUUAAGAACAAGAUCUGUCUUGAUAUAUAUAUAUAGAGAGAGAGAGAGAUGCUUAUGGUGGUUCCUUAAAUAGGUUAUUUAGAAUGGUUUAAUGUGAUUAUAGUGACUUGUCUUGUGAUUUAUGAGAGCUUUGCUUUAGUAUUUCGGUUGAAUUUGAAUGAAAAUGGAAAUAUUCUCAGCUCUGUGAA